CCCCAAUAUUUUGAACUACAUUGUAAGCAGUUGAAAAAGUCACCUUCUAGUAGUUGAUUAUUGGUUUGCACAAUUCAGGACAAGCAUGCUGCGUGUGGUAUCCCUUCUCGCGCUGGUGGCCGCCUGCCGGGCCGCACAGUUGGACGUGGUGGACACCCUGAGGGACCUCCAUAACGUCACCAGCCUGCUCAGCCUCCUUGACCAGGCCGGACUGAUCAACACUCUAAAAUCAGGCGGUCCAUUCACAAUUUUGGCUCCAACGGAUGCGGCGUUUGCAAAAAUACCCUCAGCGGACCUCCAAGCGCUGACCGGCGACUCCAACAUGCUGCAGAACGCGCUGAAAUACCACGUUCUUAACGGCAUGAUUUAUGACUUCGACCUCAGGACGGGUGAACACAUCGCCUCCAUAAACGGCCAUCAAGUUCGCGUUUAUACUUCCAGUCAGGGCAAAUACUUCUUUAACCAAGCGGAGGUUGUGGGUACGGAGAUCCAGGCCAGUAACGGCGUUAUCUUCCUCAUCGACGAGGUGCUCAACGUCCCGGAAGGGACAAUCCUCGAUAUCCUGAAGAACCCAGACUACAACCUCACACAGUUUGCCAAUCUUGUCCAUAGAGUGGGCUAUGACAGGCUCUUCGACUCUGUCGCUUCAAGCGGGAGAUACACCUUAUUUGUUCCGUCGGACGCAGCGUUCGCCGCCUUGCCCGCCAGCUUCGUUUCCAGAUUAACCAGUUCUAUCACGUAUGCCAGAUAUCUUACGGAUUACCACACGCACGUAGGGACGAUGCACGCCUCUAGCCUGGCAAAGGACGGCCAUAUUGUGACAAAGUACCGGGGCCAUCUUAUCGCCCUUACUCAUGAUCAAGACACUGGUGAAGCCUUGCUGAAUUCCGUUGGUCACGUGACGUUGGCCGACAUCGAGGCUGAAAAUGGCAUCGUACACGUGAUUAGUCACGUGUUGAUACCGUCCACCCUGGCUCCCAUAGUCGGUUAAUUUUCAUGUGAAAUGAAAAUUGGGUUUACCCGAAAAUGUAAACAGUGACAAAUAAAUAUAUAACUUUUUAAA